AUGGCCAAGACUUUCUUCGACUUUACUAUCAAAGACAUCAAAAACAACGACUGGAACUUGGGUGAUCUCAAAGGAAAGGUUGUUUUGGUGGUCAAUGUCGCCUCCAAGUGUGGCUUUACCAAGCAAUAUAGUGGUUUGGAAGAACUUUACAAGAAAUACAAGGACCGUGGCUUUGAGAUUGUUGGUGCUCCCUGCAAUCAAUUUGGCAAUCAAGAACCUGGUUCUUCGGAAGAAAUUAGCAACUUUUGCAAAUUGACAUACGACGUGUCUUUCCCUUUGACUGCCAAGCUCGAUGUCAACGGUGACAACGAAGCUCCUUUGUUCAAGUUCUUGAAGGAAUCGCAACCUGGCAUUAUGGGUUUGAAGCGUGUCAAGUGGAACUUUGAAAAGUUCUUGGUGAACCGCAACGGUGAAGUGGUUCAACGCUAUUCCUCACUCACUGAACCCAAAUCAAUGGAAGCUGAUAUUGAGAAGCUUCUGUGA